AUGUUGACUGCAAUCGGGCUCGCGGCCGUCCGGCACCUUCGCGCCAACGUUGGCUCGUCGCUCCACAGGAGCGCAAAUGGCGUCGUCACCUCGCGGGCUGCCCUCCGAUCCUUCGCCUCGACUGCCCUCCGCUUCGAACCUGUCAAAGCACCCGUGCAACCGAAGGCUGCCGCUCCUGCUGCUGGAAAAACGAAGGCGGCCUCGCCAGCGACCGGGGAGAAGACAGCUGGAGCAAAGGCGACAAAGGUUACGCCAGUGACGCGCAAAAAGCGGGUGCCGACAGACGCGCAGAAAAAGAGACUCGCGGAGAAGAAGGUGAAGGAGAAGGCUAACCUAGAGGCGAAGAGACAGAAACUCGCAGAGAGAAAGGCGAAGGAGAAGGCGAGACUAGAGGCGAAGAAGCAGAGACUCGCAGAGACAAAGGCGAAGGUGAAAGCAAAGCUAGAGGCACAGAAAAAGCUUCUCGCGGAGAAGAAGCUGAAGCCGCCUGCAAAGCGUGAGCUGGUCGCAAAGUCGCUCGUGAAAGUCGAACCAAAACCUCGCAUCGUCAGUCCAUGGACAGUGUACAUUGCCCAGCAAACAAAGGGAGAUACAUCGGAGCAUGUACUUGGCCGGGCGGCUGAACUGGCCCCCAAGUACAAAGCCUUGCCGGCAGCGGAUCGGAAAGCUCUUGAAGAUGAAGCGGGACAGACCAGAGUUGCUUCCGUGGCCAAUUACAAGGCCUGGGUCGAGUCGCACACCAUCGGCGAGAUCAAAGAAGCCAACGCCGCCCGCAGGAAACUGAACAAACUAUAUAAAAACUCGGACGAUGAAACGGACGCCAUCAGUCUCAUCCAUGACACCCGUGUUCCCAAACGGCCCAAGAACGCCUAUCUUCUCUUCACACAAUCGCGCAGGGAGGAAUUACUCGGCCAGGGGGUCUCUGGGACAGAUGCUGUUGCUCAACUGGCUCGCGACUGGAACGCACUAAACCAGUCGGGACGGCAGCCCUACGAUGCUCUAGCCAAACUCGAUUUGGAGAGGUACCACGUAGAGAUGAAAGCUCUCGGGCUCAGGGUUAGAGAAACCUCGCCUUGA